AUGCUGAAACGUUUCAAUAUAUUGGACACCUGGCGUGUAGAGUGCGAGGUGGACCUCACCGAAGAUGAACCUGUGAAUGUUGAUUUCAUGUACACUGUUAAAAGGAAGGAAACCGAGACUGCGUUUGAGAAGCGUACGGAUAAAUACUCGCAAUCUUCUUCCUUGCCCCACCACUUGGAAAUCCACUGGUUCUCAAUCAUCAAUUCAUGUGUCACCGUUCUGUUGUUGACUGGUUUCCUUGCUACCAUUUUAAUGCGAGUCCAGAAGAAUGAUUUCAUUAAGUAUGCACAUGAUGAAGAAUCGGCAGAUGACCAGGAGGAGACUGGGUGGAAGUACAUUCAUGGUGAUGUGUUCAGAUACCCAAAGCACAAGUAUUUGUUUUCGGCUGCUCUUGGUUCUGGCACUCAGCUCUUUACUCUUACAAUUUUCAUAUUUAUCCUUGCUCUAGUGGGAGUCUUUUAUCCAUAUAAUCUAGGAGCCUUGUUCACUGCUCUGGUUGUCAUUUAUGCCCUUACAUCUGGAAUUGCUGGCUACACUGCUGCUUCUUUCUAUUGUCAGCUUGAAGGAACAAAUUGGGUGAGAAACUUAUUACUGACGGGAAGCUUGUUCUGCGGGCCUCUUUUUGUGACAUUUUGCUUUCUCAACACUGUCGCAAUUGCUUAUCAAGCCACUGCAGCAUUGCCAUUUGGAACCAUUGUGGUUAUUUUUCUGAUAUGGGCUCUGGUCACGUCUCCUUUAUUAGUAUUAGGAGGUAUUGCUGGAAAGAAUAGUAAGGCGGAGUUUCAAGCACCUUGCCGCACCACAAAAUAUACCAGAGAGAUCCCGCCAUUGCCUUGGUAUAGGCAAACUCUUCCUCAGAUGGCAAUGGCAGGGUUCUUGCCAUUCAGUGCUAUCUAUAUUGAACUUUACUACAUAUUUGCCAGUGUGUGGGGACAUAGGAUCUACACCAUAUACAGCAUCCUGUUUAUUGUUUUCAUCAUUCUCUUGAUUGUCACUGCUUUUAUCACCGUGGCUUUGACUUAUUUUCAACUUGCUUCUGAAGACCAUGAGUGGUGAUGGAGGUCCUUCCUUUGUGGUGGGCCAACUGGUUUGUUCAUAUAUGCCUACUGUUUGUAUUAUUACAAUGCACGAUCAGACAUGUCGGGCCUCAUGCAAACCUCAUUCUUCUUUGGGUACACGGCUUGCAUUUGCUAUGGCUUCUUCCUCAUGCUUGGGGCCAUCGGCUUCCGUGCAUCUCUGUUCUUUGUUCGUCACAUUUACCGCUCUAUCAAGUGUGAGUAGGAAGUUGGAUAGCAUUCCCUGUAUACAAAAGACCAGCAAUGGAUGCGAAAAAGCUAUUGUUGCAGUGUUUGAAAUAUGAAUCAUCUAAACCUUGUUUCAUUAGGACCAACCAGAUGAUGCCAACUGAAAUUUAUAUUUCUCAGUUCUACAUUACUUUUAGUUCAUGUUAUAUGAUUUU